AUGCCAAAGCGGUAUGCCCUCCUAGUCGGCGUCGACCAUUACUUCAGCGACGGGUUGCGGAACCUCAAGACCCACCAAGUAUCCCUCGGAAACCUCCAGGGAUGCGUCAACGAUGCCGAGGCGUUUCGCGGCUUUCUCGAGCGCACCUACAGGUUCGACAAGAUCUCUGUCCUCUUGUCCCCCCUGCAGAAGCUCAGUCCCUCUGAUACUCACGCCGUACCGUUCGACGACUCGCUGCCGACGUUCGCCAACAUCAAGAGGCAGUUCAACGCCCUAGCGGCCCUGACGCAGCCCGGCGACCUCUUCUUCUUCCACUUCUCGGGCCACGGGGCGCUGCUGAACACCACGUCCAAGUCCCCCAUCGGCCGCGACAAGGACCCUUCGCUAAUGACGGCAGAUUAUUGUUGUGGGAAGCCUGCCUUGCGCGGUUGGCAGCUGAACCGCUGGCUGAAGCGUUUGGAUCGGAAGAACGUGCAAGUGGUGGUCUCGCUUGAUAGUUGCUAUUCCGGUGGCGCCUGGCGAGGGUAUCAGAGAGAUGUUGUGGGCUACCGCACACCAGACGAAUGGCCCCUCUCUAUUCCCAACUCGCGCGCGGACCUUGAGGCUCUCAAAGACGAAGAGAGCGAUGAUGGUGAUAUGUUGGAACCGGCAUCUCGUGAUGCCGUUCUUGAAACAUCCUGGUCUAUCAACCCACAGGCAUUCACCUUGAUGACAGCCUGUGAAACUUAUCAAAAGGCCGCAGAGGUCAAGCACGAAGAUGGAAAGAUAGGCGGUGCCUUUACAUGCGGGCUGAUCGAAUAUCUAGAAGACAGCAAGUUCCAAGUGAGCUACCGCAUGGCACGGGAUUACCUACAGGCAAAACUCGAGCCUCAGAGACCGACAUGUUUUGGCCGUGAUCGGUUCCACUUUUUCGGGAAGUCAGAGCCCCUGAACGCAAAUCCCAUUUCAUUCCGACUUGAAAAUGACCGGGUACACAUCAACGCGGGGCGGGCUCAUGGAAUCUGCAUAGGAUCUGAGUUCACCCCUUUCCCUGUUUCACCCACCACCGCCCUCACUAUAACAAUCAACAAUAUUGAAGAAUUCAAGUCCAGCGCAGAACCGACUAGGGAGUUCAAGGAGGCCCUGAAGAGGCACAGAAGCGAAAUGGUUAUUCCGUCACGAUGGUGUCUAGGAAACCACAUGAUCUUCCGCGUGGCCGUAGAUUCAAGUCUCGGGAAAGAUUUCCAACGCUCACUGCGCGAGAUUCUCAAGAGCCGAAUCGUCAACGAGAUCGACAUAACUGAGGAUGCAAGGGACGACGAUACAGUAUUCAAGAUUCGACACGACCGCACUGGAACCAAGAUAGUCGGACCUGAGCGAGUGAUAGGUUACGAUGGCCCGGUGAGAGCACUAAUGCUGGGAAACCUUUCUGGUAAUUCAAAGCCGGCAGCGCUUGCUGCCGAAGUAGCUGCUCCCCUUUUGCACCUGGCUCGAUUUCAGCACACUCUCGAACUGAAACCAGAAUCCACGUCGAUGCGACAGCCAUUCGUAGUAUCAGUAGUACCAAGCGACGAAACCACCACAGCGAGUGGCGGCAGUUACGCAACUGGCCAACGUUUUGUGUACGUGUUUAAGAAUACCAGCAACGAGGACCUAUACCUUGCCGUUCUCAACAUUACCCCUGAAUUCAAAAUCCAGCAGCUCAUCCCGCCUAACGACUUUCCAGAUCGAGUAGGACCAGGGGGGGCCAUAAAGCGUAUUUUCACCUUUAACUUGCCAGAUACUUUGCCCACACAACUUGAACACGAGAUCCACCGCAGUGACCGUCGAGACAUCAUCCGUACGCUGGUGUCGACAGAGUGUGUGUCUACGUGGAAAGCCCUGGAGCUCCCAGAGAUUUGGGACGCCGAUAAGGUAGAUAGUCCGGCUGCGCGAUCGGCUCUGAGGAAUGUGACAGUUGAGCGCGAGACAGAAUGGUGGGUUUCCGAUACACAUGUCACCACAACUGAUUUUAACUAUACUAUCCCAACCACUAUCCCGGCCACCAUUCCUGACGAUAAACCUAAAGAUAAUAUGACCACGGUAAAAUCACCAGAAGGACAAGAUAGGAAAACGUACCCCAUAUCUGGCAUUCCAAUGGAUCCUAGCUUCCGUAUUCCCAUCCGCCAAGAUGUCGAUGACUGGUAUCGCGAGCAAACAAGCCAUCAAGGCAAUCGUAUACAGCUCACGCUGUUUGUAGAAGCAUUGAUCACUAUUCAGCAACGCCCAUUAACUGAUGAGAGGUCGUAUUUUCGCUUAGCUGGCAUCCACGGCGCCCCCUGGACAGAUUGGGACGGCAGUGCAGCUCCUCUGAAUAAAGAUAAUAGAGUGACCGGCUUUAGCGUCCAUAACGAUUAUACCUUUCCGACUUGGAAUCGGGUUUAUAUAGCCUUGUUUGAGCAAGUGGUAUAUGAAGCGAUGAUUGACUUCAUAGACAAAGCCAGCAAUGUACUAGACGAAACCAAGAAUAAAUGGAAGACAGAAGCCAAGCGAUGGCGUCUGCCGUACUGGGACUUUGCGCGGUUUGCCUCGCAUGACGGCACCCCAAGUGAUGAACUUCGGCUCCCAAUUCUGGCCACGCUCCCUGUGGUCAAGGUCAAGGUUUUUGGGUCUGAAAACGAGUUGGUGAACAAGGCCAAUCCCCUGUACAAAUUCCAGACCCAGACUCUCAUGGGCGACUUGGAGCGCCCUUAUAACAUCACCGCCCAACGCACCACGAGAAACGGUCGAGAUAUGUAUGUCCCGUUCGAGAAAUGUCUAUCUACAACCAAAUACGGGCUUCUCGAAGGCUACAGCCCAGAUGUCUGGGCGGACGCGGGACAGAACUGGCUACGAGCCAAUCUGGCUCUGAAUGAGCAUCCCUGGUACCAGAACAACACAGAUGGCUGGGAAUCGGUCCCCACAUUGCAGGAUAUGACCUUCCGGCUACUCAAGAUGCGGCUGGAUAGCUGGGGCAGCUUUGCAUCGACCCGGCAUUCUGACGGUAAAAGACCUGCAUAUUUGGGAACGCAAGCCCGGAAUGGGAUAAAUCUGGAAACGAUCCACAAUAACGUCCAUAACUGGGUUGGGGGAUUCAUGUUCAGUCGUCCUGGGCGAGAAGAUCUGAAGCUCUGGGGUGCUGGCCACAUGGCCAACGUGGACGUGGCGGCGUUCGAUCCCAUAUUUUGGCUGCAUCAUUGCAAUAUUGAUCGACUGACUGCAAUCUGGCAGUGCUUGAAUCCUGAGAAGUGGUUCGACGACCAGUGGAGCCAGGCAUCCCAAAGCAAUGUGCUGCAUCCAUUCCAUAGAAAUACCGAGGGUCUCGUGUUCAAGUCCGACGAUGUGAGAGACUGGCGAGUCUUUAACUAUGAGUAUGCGAUUACCAUAGACCACUGUGAUUUAAAUAAGAUCGAGGAAAGAGUCAAGAUUCUUUAUGGGCAACGAAUGAUGGAUGUGUAUAACAAAUAUGAGAUGAUUGAUAUCGUCAUCAUCGUCAAGUACGACUGGAAUGCAUUGGGAGGUAACCCCUUUCAAAUCAACAUCUUUUUCGGUUCCUUGGACCCUAAGAAUUUUUACGACUCCCGGUCGAAAAACUUCGUGGGCAGCGUCUUCAACUUCGGCGGUAGUUUCCAGAACAGUCACUGUUCCAAAUCCUCGAAGCAGCAGACACAAGACAACAAGGCAAUAGGCCAGCUUCCCGCUACAUUGGUGUAUCACUACAACAUGAGCGAGUACGAGAAACUCCCGACGCUUUCAUAUGUAGUGGUGGAUAGUCAGGGGAAGUCUGUGGAUAUCGCAGUCGAUAUUUCCAUGAGCUUUGCCUCGAACUUUUUCUGGUCCGAUGCCCACGGUCGCUACCUAUUAUUUGGCCCUACUGGAGUGCCCGCCGAGGUCGAUUAUUAG